GUUUGUUAAUAAACUUAACUAACUAUAUUUAAUGGGUUACCAGGAUUUUGCGAUGGUAGCGACUGAAAUUAAAUAGUGGGCUUUAAAUAGUGUGAAACAAAAAUGGAAUUUGACGACUACAAUUCUUCCGAGAUAUUUUGGACACUUAACCAAACAAUAUGUGGAAUGAAACCAGCAAGACCAGGCUUCUGUCCGGAAGUGUUUGACAAGGAAUUAUGCUGGCCGGAGACUCCGGCAGGGACGAUUGCCAAUCAAUCAUGUCCUUUGUCUGUCGGCUACGAUCCCACUCGUCUCGCCUUCCGGGAAUGCUGGCCAAACGCCACUUGGUUCACACUCAAAGACAACAAGACCUGGUCUAACUACACGAAAUGCAUCGACAUGGAGUAUUUAGAAUUCAUGAUGUUCAUCAACGAUUGUUACGUUAUUGGUUACUCAAUAUCUCUGGCUGCACUGCUGAUUUCCCUGUGGAUAUUUAUGUCGUUUAGGUCCCUUCGAUGUACGAGGAUCAGGAUCCAUACGCAGCUGUUCAUAUCUUUCGCCCUGAAUAACAUCGUCUGGAUAAUACACUACGAGGUGGUCAUACCGAAUCCUAUUUUAACCAUUGGGAAUCCGGUAUGGUGUCAAAUUCUGCAUGUGGUUAUCCACUACUUCAUGCUCGCAAAUUACAUGUGGAUGUUUUGCGAAGGUCUCCACUUACACUUAGCCUUAGUGGUGGUUUUUGUAAGAGAAGAAGUUACGAUGAGAUGGUUUUUCGCUGUUGGUUGGGGAGCACCUCUCAUAUUCGUUGGGAUGUACAGCCUAUUUAGAAUAUUUGUCUCAAAAGACACUUUAAUAUGCUGGUUGGAGGAUAGUUACGACAGCAAAUUAAUCCUAACAAUUCCGGUUCUAAUAUCUCUCCUCUCCUCCCUCUUCUUCCUGAUUAACGUCCUUCGUGUAAUUUUAACAAUAAUGCAUCCGAAUUCUCCGAAUCCAGCACCGAUGGGCGUGAAACGUGCUGCCAGAGCAGCCCUCAUCCUGAUCCCAUUAUUCGGAUUGCAAUUCAUAUUAAUACCAUUCCGACCUGAAUACAAGGAUCCUUAUGAAAAACUGUACCUCUACGUCUCAGUUAUAAUAAUACCGUACCAGGGUUUGUGUGUUUCGUGUCUGUUCUGUUUCGCCAACCACGACGUCCAUCAGGCGGUUAAAUCGUUCGUCCACCGAAAGCUGUACAGGAACAGCAGAUGGAACAACUACCACUACACCGGGGCUCAGGACAGCGGCGGCGUAUACGUGCUCAACGGGAACAGUCAAACACACAACAUGGUCCUUUUGUCUCUCAAGAGGAAAUCGACAACAACUGUGCGAUUGUGAAGAACUAACAAAUCUUUGGUGUAAUUUGAAUGGAAUAGGUGUAAUGUUACUUUGUACAUAAAUAAAUGUGUUUCAUCAUUUUGAUAUAUAAAUUAAAGAUAAGUAUUUAUUUUAAAAUAGUUAAAUAUAGAUAUAUAAUUUGAUGUAAAUAAUUAAAUGGAUGGUAAUAAUUUAAGAAAAAAAUUUAGUAACUUUAACCGACUGAAUCCUGACCUUA